AUGGGGCCCAGGGCCACAGCGCUGGGGGCCCUGCUGCUGCUGCUGGGCCAGGACCCCUGGGUCCUCCCCCACCCCCAGUGCCUGGACUACAAGCCGCCCUUCCAGCCCCCCCAGCCCCUGGCCUUCUGCCCCGAGUACUCCGCCUUCGGCUGCUGCGACGGCCGGCGGGACGCCCGGCUGAGCGCCAGGUUCCAGGUGCUGGGCAGCUUCCUGGACCCCGCCGGCCUACAGAGCUGCGGGCACUUCCUGCGUGACCUGGUGUGCCAGGAGUGCUCUCCCUACGCUGCCCACUUGUACGACGCGGAGGAUGUGAGCUCCCCGGUGCGGGCGCUGCCCGGCUUGUGCCCCGCGUACUGCACGGCCUUCUGGCUGCGGUGCCGCUCCGUGCUGAGCCUCCUGACCGAGGACCCUGCCAGCCUGGCGCUGGAGGGCGACCGCGCCCGCUUCUGCGGCGCCCUGGAGCUGGGCGACCCCACCUACUGCUACCCGGCGGUGCUGGGCAGCACGGCGCUGAGCCAGGGGCUGGGCCGGGUGCGGGAGGGCGCCCGCGGCUGCUUGCAGCUCUGCCUGCGGGAGGUGGCCAACGGGCUGCGUAACCCCGUGGCCAUGGCGCACGCCGGGGACGGCUCCCACCGCUUCUUCGUGGCCGAGCAGCGGGGCUGCGUCUGGGUCUUCCUGGCCAACGGCUCACGGGCCGCGCGUCCCUUCCUGGACCUGCGGGCGGCCGUGCUCACCUCGCCCUGGGCGGGCGACGAGCGGGGCUUCCUGGGCCUGGCCUUCCACCCCCGCUUCCGCGCCACCCGCACCUUCUACGUCUACUACUCCGCCCGCGCCGGGCCCCACGAGACCAUCCGCGUCUCCCAGUUCCACGUCUCGGCCCACGACCCCAACACCGCCGACCCCCGCUCCGAGAGGAUCCUCCUGGAGGUGCUGCAGCCGGCGUCGAACCACAACGGGGGGCAGCUGCUGUUCGGGGCCGACGAGCUGCUCUACAUCUUCACGGGGGACGGGGGGCGAGCGGGGGACCCCUUCGGAGCCUUCGGCAACGCCCAGAACAAGUCGUCUCUGCUGGGCAAGGUGCUGCGGAUCGACGUGGAGCCAGGGGCCGACGGCCCCCCCUACCGCAUCCCGCCCGACAACCCCUUUGUGGGGGAGCCUGGGGCCCGGCCUGAGGUCUACGCCUACGGGGUGCGGAACAUGUGGCGCUGCUCCGUGGACAGGGGCGACCCCGCCAGCGGUGCCGGGCGCGGGCGCAUCUUCUGCGGGGACGUGGGCCAGAACAAGUACGAGGAGGUGGACGUCAUCGUGCCGGGCGCCAACUUUGGCUGGCGGGCGAAGGAAGGGUUCGCCUGCUAUGACCAGGCACUGUGUGCCAACGCCUCGCUCGACGACGUCCCCCCCAUAUUCGCCUAUUCGCACGAGCUGGGGCGCUCGGUGACGGGGGGCUACGUGUACCGUGGCUGCCACAGCCCCAACCUGCGCGGCCUCUACAUCUUCGGGGACUUCAUGAGCGGGCGCUUGAUGUCGCUGCGGGAGGAGGCUGGCUCCGGGCACUGGCACUACAAGGAGGUGUGCAUGGGCCAGGGCCAGACCUGCGCCUUCCCCGGCCUCCUCAACCACCACGUGCCCCACAUCAUCUCCUUCGCCGAGGACGAGGCCGGGGAGCUCUAUUUCCUCGCCACGGCCAUCGCCAGUGCAGCCGUGCCGGCUGGGAUCUUGUACCGGAUCGUGGACCCCUCCAGGCGGGCGUCCCCCGGACAGUGCGGGAUCAGCCCCGUGCCCGUCCCCAUCCAAGGGAAGCUGAUCCACUUCCGCCCAACACAGAAAUUCAUCACACCGGCCCCACCGCCCGCAGUGACCACCCCACGGCUUGGCACCGGCUCAGAACCAAUGGGAACAGCUGGACCCCCCCCGGCGCCCGACCCCCCCCCCCCGGGCCACAGCCCCCCCUGCACAGGCCCAGAGCCCUCGGCCCUGCCCACCCCUCGGCCCAGCCCAGCUGUACCUGCCAGGCCCCCGGCUCGCCCAGACUGUGGGGUGCUGCAGGCACUUCCCACACCCCGGCCAGGGCCGAGCCUGCCCCCCACCACCCCCAACUGGCGAGCGGCUGGGCACCACCCCAGGAAGAGGGGACCCCGGAGGCGGCUGGGGGCCAAGGGCCCCGCCCGGCAGCUGCCCCCUGGCACGGUGCGGCUGGUGCACAGGGGUGCAGCGCCUGGGCGGGGCCGGCUGGAGAUCCUGGUGGGGGCCCAGUGGGGCACAGUCUGCGACGAUCGGUUCGACGGGCGGGCAGCCGCUGUGGUGUGCCGUCAGCUGGGCUACGGGCAGGCGGUGAGGGUGGCGCGCCGGGCGGAGUUCGGGCAAGGGGCCACGCUGCCCAUCCUGCUGGACGACGUGCAGUGCCAAGGCUCGGAGCGCAGCCUGCUGGAGUGCCGGAGCGCCCCCCCCGAGCAGCACGACUGCGCCCACAGCGAGGACGUGGGGGUGGUGUGCGGGGACCCGGAGCGCCAGGAGCGGCCGAGGGGGAGCAGAGGGGCCCAAGGCCUGUAA